UUUUGACUGGCUGUUAUUCAACGGCCAUUUUCCAUCUUACACACCCAACUCGUGUUCCUCUGUUUUGUAUUACCCCAAACACGUUUCAUCUUUCUUUCUUCAGAUUCUUACCAUCCAUCCACCAACUCUUUGUUGAUUUCUGAAACUGGUUCUCCCAUAUCACCGGGGGAAUAGUUCUGAUCUUCUUGUUGUUUGGGAGUAAUGGUGGGUGCUCUGUUUGUUAUUGGCUCAUCUGUGAUGGAUUCUCCGAGCGUUCCAUGUUUAUGUCUGGAUGCUCACACGAGGAGCAAGAAGAAGAUCCAUGGCAGUUCAAGAAAGCUAGAGUUAGGAAGCUCCUUUACUGGCUCAAGCAUUGUUUUCAGGAUUUCUUCCAAACGCGUACCAAGAAUUGCGAGUAGAAGGAGCAAGAAGAAGCUCUUGAUUGUCAACGAGGACGUUGCUGGGAACUACGAUGAUACCUUCGGAGAUGUCAAAACGCAACUUAUUAACUACUUUACUUACAAAGCUGUGAGGACGGUUCUUCAUCAGUUAUACGAAAUGAAUCCUCCCCAAUACACUUGGUUCUAUAACUAUGUCGUAUCAAAUAGACCAACUGAAGGCAAACGUUUCCUCCGCAAACUCGGCAAGGAGAGUCAGGAGCUUGCAGAAAGAGUUAUGAUCACACGCCUCCACUUGUAUGGCAAGUGGAUCAAGAAAUGCGACCAUGGGAAGAUAUACCAAGAUAUAUCAGAUGAGAACUUGGCCUUGAUGCGUGAGCGACUGAUGGAGACCGUGAUAUGGCCUUCUGAUGACUCAAACUCAGAGGUUAUUGGCUGAAGAAGCAUGUCACAAAACCACAGCAUCUCCUUUGUGAAUCCGCUUUUCAGUUUUUAGGACUUGAGUUUUUUUUUAGUUUGAUUACUUAUAAUAUAGCCUUGAGCAGUGUCUAUAUUCUUGACAUGCACUAUAUAUCAUGAUCGAGGUCCAAGUCUUUCAACUACUAUCUAUAUAUAUAUAUGCUUCCCGGACUUCAAGAUCA